UAAGAAAAACUAUAUUAUUAUCGUACCUUGUCUAACAUUGAUUGAUCAGCGGUCAAAGUCUAUAAAAAUGGCCGAAACGCACACUGAUGAAACGAUAGGGAUGGCAGAAAAAUGUGCAGCAGAACAACUUGUUGAAACUAAAGUUGAACCUGAUACUGGGUUGAAAAAGACAACUGAAAAUAAAUUGCCAGAGAAUAAAGAGGAUUUGGGGAAUAAUGAACAAUGUAUCAAGGAACAAAAAGCUGGCAUCACAACUGAGGAAAGCUGCACAGAAAAUACUUCUGAUAUUGAUAGUGGGACGAGUGAUACUCCCCACAAAUUUGUAACUCCAGAGAAACUAAUAAAAACUCAAAUGGACAUUCCGCGAUGGGAGAAAUCUCAAGCAUAUAGCGAUUAUAUAGGAUUCGUUCUUACGCUGAAUGAGAGCGUGAAAAGCAAAAAACUAACAGAUGAAUGCGAGGUAUCUGAGACAUGUCAGAAAUUAGUUGAAAUGUUAAACAUGUUAGAUAAAUGGAUAGACGAAAUCCCGCCGAUUGAUCAACCUCAAAGAUUUGGAAAUAAAGCAUUCAGAGAUUGGUUUAACAGGAUGAGUGAGAAUGUGGAUUCGUUAAUAAAACCAUUGUUACCAGCACAUUAUCAAGAGGCUGUAAUUGAAUUGAAGAUGUAUAUAUUGGACGGUUUUGGCAAUUAUACUCGCAUAGACUAUGGCACAGGCCAUGAAAUGAACUUUGCAGUAUUUCUGUGUUGUUUAUAUAAACUGAGAAUUCUAAAUGAAAGAGACAAUGUUGCUGUGGUUCAUAAAGUGUUCACAAGGUACUUAGAGAUAACACGAAAACUACAGACUGUGUAUAGAAUGGAACCUGCUGGCAGUCAAGGUGUAUGGGGUUUAGAUGAUUUCCAAUUCUUACCGUAUAUCUGGGGUAGUUCUCAACUCAUAGAUCAUAAACGGAUUACACCAAAAAGUUUACCAAAUCCAGACUAUGCGGAGAGCUUUCAUAAACAGUAUAUAUUGUUUGCCUGUAUAAAAUUCAUUUUAUUGAUGAAAACUGGUCCCUUUGGUGAACAUUCAAAUACACUAUGGGGUAUCAGUGGUGUACCACAUUGGGCUAAGGUGAAUUCUGGUCUUAUCAAAAUGUACAAAGCUGAGUGCCUCAGCAAAUUUCCCAUAGUGCAACACUUCACAUUUGGAACACUAAUGUCUAUCCAGCUGGCAACUUGAUAUGAAAUCCAUAUGGUAGCACAUGAUACAAAACCAAGCAGUUUGUGAAACAAUGAUGGGCCAGAUGAAAAUAUGGGAAAAGCAGUGUCUGGCUCGUACCUAAUGUAACACCAUUUGCUAGUGUCUACUUCAAAAACUCACUUUCUAUAAAGGCUUCUGUAAACUGAACAUUGUUCUCAACCAAAUAACCUUGUCAGUCUCCUUGGUGUUUUUUAUAACAGCUUUUGAUGAAAAUAUUUAAAAAAAGCUUUUGUGUCUG